UGCGGGAGCAGACGGGACCGGCAGUGCGCACUGCGACGGGCAGAGGAUAAAGCAACAACCCCUUAAACGAGAUUAAAGUUCAGUUCGGCCCUCAAAAGAGUUCCGGGGAAACAAUGAAUCUGAUUCUGGAGGUUCUUCUGUUCUUGGCUACGCUCCUCUACUCUUACCUGGAGGCUUUUGUGAAGCUGUUCGUGCCUGUGAGGAGAAAGUCUCUCAGUGGGGAGCUGGUGCUCAUCACGGGCGCUGGCCAUGGCGUCGGGAGAGCGACCGCCUUGGAGUUCGCCAAGCGCCAGAGCAGGCUUGUUCUGUGGGACAUCAAUAAGCACGGCGUUGAGGAGACGGCAGCAGAAUGUCAGAAGCUGGGAGCCACUGUUCAAACCUUCGUGGUGGACUGCAGCAAACGGGAGGAGAUCAACAGCACUGCAGAAAAGGUGAAGAAGGAUAUUGGGGAUGUGACUAUCCUGGUGAACAACGCUGGUGUUAUUACAGCUGCCGACUUUCUCUCGACUCAGGACCACCAGAUAGAAAGGAUGUUUGAAGUCAACAUUCUUGGUCACAUGUGGACCACGAGAGCUUUUCUGCCAGUCAUGAUGAACAACAACUACGGGCACAUUGUGACGGUGGCUUCAGCAGCAGGUCAUUUUGUGACUCCUUUCAUGGUGACUUAUUGCUCAAGCAAGUUUGCUGCAGUUGGAUUUCAUAAAGCUCUGACAGAGGAGCUGUCUGCCCUGGGAAAGGAUGGAAUAAAAACAACGUGUCUUUGUCCAGUUUUUAUAAACACUGGAUUUGUCAAAAACCCCACUACAAGGCUUGGAAAGAUUUUGGAGGUUGAAGAAGUUGUAGAGGCUCUGAUGGAAGGAAUAGUAACCAACCAGAAAAUGGUUUUUGUGGAGGGCUCCAUCCCACUCCACGCGCUUCCCCCGGCUUCCUGCACCCUCGUACCGCGCUCGUACCGCCAUGGCGGCUCCCCGCCCUUAUAUAACGCGCCCCCUGCCCUCAGGUUCCGCUCAGGUGUCCCGGGAGUGGGCUCGGCUGGGCGGGCCGUGUCGUGGUCUUCCCCCUCCUCGCAGUACGGCCGUGGGCUCCUAACCCUGGGGCAGCUCCGCCAGGGCGGGAUGGACCGGAGCCGUUCCCGGGAGGGCCGCGGAACCGGCCCGGCUCCCUCCUCGCCCACGGGGAUGGCCGCGAUCGGAGCCAGGGAGCCGGACCGAGCGCCCGUGUGUGGGGGGUUAAGGUGGAAUCAAUGCAAAUGGUUACCAGGGCUGGGCUGUGCUCAGCGCAGCGGCGGCACCGUGCCCGGGCUCGGUAUCGAGGGGCUUGUGCUGCGAAGGCACCCACACAGAGAGCCCCGGCGGCUGCACCGUUCUAGAAGGAGAUAA